UGACCUUGGGUGAUAAUCUAUAGUAUGAUGGCGUCCGCUAAAGUAGUUUCCCACCUAGCCGUGUUUCUGUUGUUGUUUACGGCGAAUUAUAAUGACUUUUCUCGGGGCUACUCCAGUAACCUGUCCUUUAAGUCGGACGGGGAGGGACGGAAGGGUGCCUCAUACGCAGGACGGUGGAAAUAUCUGUCUAUCCUUGUCUCGGUGGCACAGAUGGUUUUCUUCGGGAGCUGCGUGUUGAGUGACGUGUUUGAGGCCAUCCUUGGCAGAAAACCUGGUGUGCUGAAGGCGCUCCAACGUGUCCAGGACUACCUCUUCGCCGUACUGCUGUUCCCGAUGGCUAUGACGGUUCAGUGUCUGUUCUGGGCUAUCUACGCCAUCGACCGGGAGCUAGUCUACCCCAGCAAACUGGACGCCAUUAUUCCAACCUGGUUAAACCAUGUCUGGCACACCACCACUGUGCCUGUAUUGCUGCUUGAAAUGUACGUGGUGCGUCGCCGUUAUCCGGCACGUACCGCAGCACUGCCCGGGACAGUCUUCUUUGGAGCCGCUUACCUUAUAUGGAUUCGGAUCGUGGCUCACUAUGGGGGUUUCUGGGUGUACCCGUUUCUGGAAGUGAUGGGGCCGAUAGGGACUUCCGUGUUCAACAUGGCGGCUGUGGGGAUGCUCUGUGUGUUCUACAUGGUUGGCGAGUAUGUCAACACAAAACUAUGGGGUCGAGAUGCUUUCGAAAUUUCUUCCACAACGAGUCGUAAGAAGAGCAACAAAAGUGCAUAGAUAGACAUGAAGAAAAGUGCGACAAGCAAAGUAUCAUUAAUCAAUUAUUAAUAAUUAAUUAGACUAAACAGUGAAAAAAUUCAAUUUGAAAAUAUCUUCUUUUCAU